AUGUGUGUGUCCGUAGGAGUGUCCGGGGAGGAGAGGAGAAAAGAAGGCUUCAAGAAGUGGCCACGCCCGCCCAUCCCACGCUCCGGCCCCGAAAUAGACGCCACAACCAUCCUCUCGCUCGUCUUCUUCGUGUCCCUCCUCGCCGCCGCGUACGCCGUCUCGAUCCGCCUCCUCCCCCGCUCCGCGACGCUCAAAACGCGCAUCCUGUUCAUCUGGCACGCGUUCGACGCGCUCAUCCACUUCUUCUUCGAGGGGAGCUAUCUUUUCAACUGCUUCUUUGUGAGCUAUGGGCUGCCGACGAGUUUUAAUGUCGCUGCGAGACGGCAUCCGUCAAUUAGGCUGCUAACGCCGCCGGAUGUGUAUUGGAUGGGGCGAGAGGAUAGGUUGUACGGGGCGAAUUAUGGGGAGAGCGUGCUGAGUAGGUUGUGGCAGGAGUAUGCGAAGGCGGAUCGGAGGUGGGGUGGGGUGGAUUUGACAGUGGUGAGCUUGGAGAUUUUGACGGUGGGCGUGGGUGCGCCGCUGGCGCUGUGGAUUUGUGAGUUGCUGAGACGGGAGGAGAGGAAGGGUGUGUUGAAGAGGUGGUUCUGGAUGGUGCUCCUCGCAACAGGCGAGCUUUAUGGAGGCUGGAUGACUUUCGCCCCUGAGUGGCUCACUGGGAGCCCGAAUCUGGACACGUCGAAUUGGAUGUAUCUCUGGCUAUACCUCUUCUUCUUCAACAUGCUCUGGGUCGUCUUCCCCCUAUGGAUCCUGUACGAAGCAUAUAAGGCUAUGAGCUCAGCUAUGUCGCAGGCUGAGAUGGUUGACCUGGUCAAUUACUUGAAGAAGGAUGACUAAUUCCACCGGGGCUAAGCACGUCAUUUGUUCGAUGGCGCUUCUGGUGGUAACGGAAGGCAGGGCGUCUCUGCCUUUGGAUUUCUUUUGAUAGAUUCAUAGCGUGGUUGUUCUGGGCUUCGGCGUUAUUCAUUCCAGCAGUGUUUCUAUGUUCGCUACCCGGGUUGCACGUCAUCAUUUCUAUGUCCUUGCUUCGAAGUCGCUCGCAAUCAGGAGAGACUUUGUUACCCUAGACGUACUGGUCGCGCCUUCCAUUGGGCAUAGGAAGUUGCGCUAAGACUGGGCGCCAAGAGAAUUGAUGGCCCGGUUU